AUGGCUGUAAGUAUCAGUUUAUAAUAUGUUAAUGAAUUACUUAACUGCUUGGGUGGGUAACAUUGGUUAAUAAAAACUGAGUGCCAUGGGGUAUCUUUGCUCUGAAGUGGGUGCUAUGUAAGGCAAUUUCCAGUUACAAAUAAUUUAUGCAGGCCUUUCACAUUUGCUCCAGGAUAUGAUGGUUGAAAAGUUUCAGCGGGUGAUCUGGAACAAAUACCUGAGGGAAAUUAGAACAGUAUGUUCUGUGUUUCUUGCUGUCUGUUCAUCUAGAUUAGGCAGUUCAUAGGAUCAUUUCCAUCACCACACCAAACCAUGAUUAAUGAAACUUAGCUGUAGUUUUAGCAUGAUAUGUGAAUUGAUAAACAACAGUUAUGGUUGUUGCUCUGUCUCCUGAGCCUGUUGCAUCUAGAGAUUAGAUGAAAAACAAAAGCAGUCAGGCAGCUCUAAAGCCAUGGUAUUUUAAAAAUAUAUCAGACUAUGGUUUGCACUCAGACUUUGGUUAGGUAUACCAUAAUUUGAUGUGAUGUCUGAAUUGAAGCCACUGAAGCAUAUGGUUUAGGGGUUGUGAUGUUGCACAUAUCUUUUCUUAGUGUAGUCUUGAGAUAAGCAAUGUCUUUAGGGAGGAGUGAAAUACGUAUUUGUAACUUUUAAAAAACCUCUUGCUCUGAAGCCUAGCAGGAACUCCGACAGACUUGUUGUAGGAGGCACAGCAAGCCUGAAGGUGUUGGCAGUGGCCUUUUAAGCAGAUCACCAGGACAUGCUGUGCAGAACAACUUCUUUUGACUAUAGGGCCAAGAUAUAUUUGAAACACUGGUAAAGAGGAUCAGUUCAAGUUGGCACUGUUUAUACCUAUGACUCGGAGAGACGUCAGCACAAGUAUAGGAGCAGGAAGAAAAACGCCUACAUUAAGACAGUAUUAAGUGAUGAUAUUAAUGCAUGUAUUUAAUCUGAUUUUCCUCCUUAAAGUCUCUUCAGCUGUAAUGGCAUUCCUGUGACUUGUCUAUGCACACCUUGUCUGAAGCAAUGUUGAGAUCUGGGGGGCGGGGGGAGAGAUCUUACCACCAUUAUAUUUUAUUUUCUAAACAUCCUAACGGAGCAUAGCAUGAUAACUCAUGGGAAUAUGGGUGAAAAAGAAGUUAGGUUUUGGUUAAGUGAGAAAGAAAGCUGAAGCCAUCAUUUUUUGUGUUCGUAGGAAGUUGCUUGCAUAGGAGAAGCCAGCAAGAUUUAUAAAAGCAGAACAAAAGCCAACCAUGCUAAUAGAACUUCAGUUUUGUUGGCAAUAUGUCUCAACCCUGAGCAUGCAUCUUAAGGUCAGAAAUUGUGCUGAUGAGCACAUGAGAGAGAUGUGUUCAGUCAAGUUCUGCUGAUGCUUUUAGCAAGUUUGCAGAUAAAAGUACAUGGUUGUGGACAUGCUGAAGGAGCUAUUAUUUCUCAUUUUAUACAAGGGCUUAAACAAGGUUCGGUUCAGGAAACCGUAUCCUAGAUCUAGGAAAUUCUACUAAGUAUCCUCUUCCUUGUUCAGAAGUCCUUGAGAAAUCUUAGCCUGGUAAUGGUAUCUCCUUAACACAAUGGCCAACCUUCCUUCUUCCGCCUCCCAAAUUCCUCAUGGGAAUGGACUGGCAGCAAACAAUGUGAACCCUUCUAGGGUGAGACUUGUUAUUGGUGAGUAAAGAAGUCUUUACUCACCACCUUCAAAAAAAUAAAGUGAUGUUAGAAAUCACUAGGCACCAAAGCAAAAUAAUGUGUAUUUUUGGUACUUCUGCUUCCUGUUUUAAGGCAGAGGUUUGUCUAUGAAGGAUGGAGACAUGAGAGUUCUCAGCAGUUUCAAAUAUGAGCUUUGGGCUUCACUUUGAAGCCUUUGUUUGUUCAUGGCCCACUAGCCAUAUAUUGCAAACAUCUUUGCAAUAAGUAUGCAAUAAUAAGUAUGUAGAGUUCUGCUCUAGCUGUGUAAAACAUAAUUUGUGCAUCAUACCUAGAAGCCCCCAUAUAUGCAGUGAAAAUGUUCAGCCUGUUGAAAAGGAAGACGAAACCAAGUUUACAAAUAUCUUCAAAACCUAGCAAGAACAAGCUUUUUAAUGCUGAUUUAAAUGGGUUUCAUGCACGAGCAGUGCAAACAGUUUAAUGGAUUCGUUCAAGCUUGGAAUAUAUAAUCUACUGAGCUCUGAACAGCAGAUACAUUUCAAAAAGAUACACUUAAAACUUGAGAAUUUGGCUGAAGGGGUGCUUUAUAAAAUGCCCCUGUAAUGCAACUAAGUGAUUUACUUUAAAAACUAGACUCCCUGAGCUCAGUCCUGCAAAUAUGUGUAUAGCAACACAGUUCUAGAUUAAGUGAACACACUAAACAACGUCAUCUUUGUCCUGAUGAGUUGCAGCCAAAGUUGGUCAGGGCUUGAUAACAAUGAGGGUGGAGUAGGAAUGUUUUUUGAGAAGGAAACUGAAAGAGAAGGUGGUGGUAAUUCCUUUGCGCUGUUCUCUUCCUUCAAGCAAAAGCCUUUUCAGUGGAAUUAGAUUUCAGAAAGGGAAAGUGUUGCAUGUAAUUAGGAAACCUUUAAAAAGUUUCUUUACUUCAUGGUUCACAAUGCUAACUAUAUUGAUUCUUAUCUCUGGUAGGGGAGAAGUGUGGCCUAGCCAGAAACCAGUAGAGCAGGAUUGGUCUACAUAGAUUUUAAUCAGUUUUAUUGAUGCUGAAGAUGGAUGCAAGCUUUUAUUGUCAAGAGUUGCUAAAAAAUCAGCAAAUGUCUUUGACUGGCAGACACCAUAAAUAUUGGCUUGGAGUUCAGUUCUGUUGGUCUGUUGCCUCUGUAAUGCUGGCUAAUAGUAGUUUUGGCUUUUAUAAGAUUGUCAUAAUGAAAAAUAAUGAGACUUUUCUUGAGUUUAGUAUGCUUAGGCUUGUGGCUGCACUUGAUCUUGGAGGGAUUGUUGAGGGUUUGGAGAAGAGGAUACUAGCUGUGAGACAGAAGUUCUUUGCAAAGCGGAGACCUUAUUUACAUCUCUUUUAAAGCUGCAUAUGUGCUUUCCUGAGUGCAGCCUUUAUUUGCAGCAGAAUCCUAUACAGGCUGCUCAGAAGUAAGUCCCACUGAGUUCAUUGUGGCUUACUCCUAUGUAAGUGGGUGUGGAAUUGCAGCUUUAGUGCAAUGUUAGGCUGACAUGCAGAGAACCACAUCGCUAGUUACCUGAAGAUUACAGUUGGCUGUUAAAAUGAGAAAAGUGACUUCUCAAAUUACAAAUAUUGUGUGUAGUUUUGUUUUGUUUUUAAGACUAUUAAACAUGCUAAGUUUUAUGCACGUAUGGCUCCUGGCACAGCAAAGUAAAAUGGAAGCAGUAUAGAAAUCAGCCAACUUUUUAAAAGCCUUGUCUCUAGAAAUUAGCCUUGGAAUCCUGUGACUUGAAGAAUUAGAAUGUGUUUGGAUUUUGUAUCUGUUACACUCCUCCUUAUUCUUAUUUCAGGGCAUUCUUCCUCAUUUGACUUAUUUAAAUGGCAGAUUUAAAGCAUUAUUUUACAGUAAGUGAUUACAUAAAAAGAACUCUUAAGAAAGCUUAAGUAAAACGCAGGAGUUUCUGUUCCUCUAUUAACAGCCAAAGAAAUUGUGGGGAACUUAACUCUGUUUUUGUACUAUACUCCUAUGAAUUAAGGGAGAGGCUGGUUAUUGCGUUGUGGAUUGGGUUUUAUUGGCUUCUAGCCUUUUUGCCGAAGUCUGUCCCUCUGGAAAGUAUUUGCUGAAAAGUAUGGUUGGGGGUUAGCAUCAACCUGUCUUGAUGCUUAGGUUUUGAAGAUUCACUACCCCUAUUUCAGUCUAUAUAUAUAAAAAAAAAUAGCCAAGAAAUGUAGCACAAAAUGAAACUGUGGCUGUUUCGGGCACCUGAAUAGGAAAUCAGGGGUUUCAAAAGCACAGAUGGAUUCCUGAGAAUCUGCGGGCCAGUGGAGACUGUUCCAUUAGGGUGAAUGGGGCACUGCCCCACCAAUCACAUUCCGCCCCCAGUCAUCCCUCCUGCCUGCCAUCUAACUUACAAUCAGCUCAAGAGGUGGCUGUGGCUGUCAGCUUCCUCCUCAGUCUCAAUUUUGACCUACUGGAAAGCAGCAGAAGGAUGCGGGACAGAACUCGAAUUACAGUGGUACCUCGGGUUAAGAACUUAAUUUGUUCUGGAGGUACGUUCUUAAGCUGAAAGUGUUCUUAACCUGAGGUACCACUUUAGCUAAUGGGGCCUCCUGCUGCUGCCACGCCUCUGCUGCACGAUUUCUGUUCUUAUCCUGAAGCAAAGUUCUUAACCCAGGUACUAUUUCUGGGUUAGUGGAGUCUGUAACCUGAAGCGCCUGUAACCUGAAGUGUCUGUAACUCGAGGUACCACUGUACUUGUCCCACCUAUCAUUGCUCUCAAGGUACCCUAACGUAGUGGCCUUUCUGAACAUGUGUUGUGGUUUAAUACAGCAGCAGGCAUUGAUGUUAUGCUUUUGCUUCGAUAAUACUGUGAUACAUACACCCUGUGUGAUCAAAAAGGGCACAUUUAUUGUAUUUGUAGCCUCUUGUCUCCCACAACACUGUGGGAACAAAUGUCAUGGAAUUUAGAUAUGCUCGGGCCACAAUAGGAGAGCAAGCAGUGAGUUUCCUGACAGAAUUGCUUACUUUUCCAAAACUUAUUGUGUUCCUCCACUUGCUGGAAAAUGUGAGUGACAACAGCCUUGGGUUUAGUUCCAAGAACCUAAGUUGUUCUGCCAGUAGGUCUUCCUCCCUCUUGAGGGUGUUUUCUAAAUAUGUGUACUGAAAAAUACCCUUUGUUUUUGUGUAUACACUUUCUGUUCUGCAACUUGUCAGAAUUUAGUUGUCAACUUCGCAGUUCUUCCUGUGUGCUUUUGUGGUGGUAGUUCAUGGUCUGUAAACUGCAGAUGCUGCUGUUGUCACAAUUUGUCUUUAAUAUGAGUGGCUGAUUGUAAACUUGUUUGUCAGUACUUCCUGGGGUGGUUUGGUUGGACUCCCAAAGCUGGGGAAGGAGGAAGAGGCAAUGUCAAAGGAGGGUUUAUAAAGGAUGUUGGGGCAUAGCAGGAAAGCAUUUUCCAAAAGAGACUCUCCACUGUUCUUCUUUGGUGUUGAGACUUUGAGAGUGGAAUUAAAUGUAGUGCAAUGCUCAGCAGAUCUCUGUAUCAGCACAAGCAUUUCUGCUUGUCUGAUGGAGCAAUCAGUCCUCUCAUUCCCCUGCACACUGUUCCAGGGAUUCUCCCACCCGCCAUGUGGAGAGAAGCCUUGUUGCACUAGUGGAAGUCCUUAUGCAAGCUUUGGCUGGCAGGGCUUGUUAGUUGAAUCUCAACCAUAAUUUACAUUUUUGUAAGGAGACUGACUCCUGGCACUGCAUUUUUGCAUUUUACUUGUGAGUUUACAAAGCCUAGUGUUCACAACUGUUUUCCAAUGAUAGUUGGAGUGUAUAUAUCACAUUUUGACUCCUGUACUGCCUUGGCUAUUGCUGUGGUUAAUGGUAUGACUUCUGUACUGAAUCGCAAAUUAUGGGCGAUAUUCUGCUAAGCUUUACUCUGAGCAAAUCCAUUGAAAUCACUGACUAUGACUAAGUUAGGCCCAUUAAUUUCAUUAGGUCUACUCUGAGUAAAAUUUAGCUGACUACCACCCUACAUAAGGCGAAAACACCAUAGAAGUGUUCGAAAUUAGCCAGGCACAUUUUGCACCAGGCUUUCAACCAGUUUUGAUCAAGUGAAGAUGCCUGGGUGCCAGGAUGGCACUUGACAUCUCCACCAUCUGGGGAUCAUUGGAUCUGGACUGUUUUCACACACUAAUUCCCCAUACUGUAGAAUUCUACCAGUUAUAUUUUUUUUCUGCACAGUCAGAAUGAAUUUUGGGAACCAAAUUGCUUUUUUUGUGCAGCCUGAGGAAGAGCAGUCACCAUUAAGAAAAAGUGGACUAUCCCUGGGUCAAGUGACUUUUCUUGUUUAAAUUCUCAAAGCUCGUAACCUAGCUCAAGGUUGUCAUCUGAACUAGUCAGAUGUUUAUCUGAUUAUCAAUCACAGUAAGUUCCUCAUUUGAAAAAUAUGACCAUCAGGCCCAAAAAUGGCAACUAGGCAUUCUGUUUUGGCGACUGUAACCUCAGUGUAAGGAGUGAUUUGGCACCUAGCAUACAUAUCUGAGUUUCUAACACUGAUCCAUAUGUCCACCUGUAUUCCAGUGUUUAUAUUCUGCUGUUAGUACCUCUGGAGGAAGUCUUCAUUAUUUGAUUAUCACUGGUGGUGGUUUUAUGUGUAUGCUGCCAAGCAAGUGAAUGCAGCUGGUGUUAUAUCCUUAUAUGUGGGUUUUGGCUAUAUUUAUAUGGAGCCCCAUUGCCUUGUGACUUCCUUGCAGACAUCUGUUUGCCUUAUAGGGGAAAUGCCUGACUUUCCUGUCUUGUAGCAUUUGUGAAAGGCAUAGCAUCAUCAUAGGGGAACCUGUUAACAUAGCACGCCACCCCUCCAUUCCCCUUAUAAGCCUGCCUAAUGUGCCAUCAUUUUCAGUAAGAGGACACCACAAACUCCCCUGCCAUUUGCACUUUAUCACAGUCUUUGCUAUUGACAGACAGUUCAGGGUUUUGUUGCUGAGCGAAGGAGAAGCUUGCUAUUCCAGUUUUGUGAGUAGCCUGUAGCAGUGGAAGAAAUAAACAUAAUUGCAGAACAGUUGCAUAACUGGAGAACAAAAGAUCACAGCUGCCAUGCUGGUGGUCUGUACCUUGUUGCGCAGGAUUCUCCUGAAAUUCCAUUACUGCAGUGAGCUAAUCGAGAUUUAACUGGUGUAGACCACACUGUAGCAGCUGUGUCUGGAAUCGUGGCAGUAUUCUCUGAGUUAGGUCCUGCUAAUUGAACCUGGGAGACCAGAAGACGUUUUGGGUCUUAAAUAUUUAUUUGGGGAAUGGACAUGGUGUGUAGAAUGAGGUGGUGGUAUCCGUAUGCAUAGAUCUAUGCCCUUGGAACAAAUUCAGGUUCAUUGUGAGUGCAGUUUCUUCAAACUGCCAUUUCAUUGAACUCCAGGUUGGCUGCCAAAGUCAGCUCUGCUGUGUGACCUACUCAGCAUGUGGAAAAUUGUAUCUAAGGGGUGGGGGUGGUUUGCACAAAAUUGCAAAGCUUCAGUAUCUGAGACCCUUAACCAAUGUUCCAGCCACUGAGCCAUGCAUUCUGAGUUAGAAAGUUUUGCUCACCCCACAAAGGCUCAGGCUUCAAUGAUUACUUGACGUCUUAAGAACAAGGAAACGAGUUAAUUAAAACAUUCCAGCCGCUUAGAAUUUUGUGAUGGAUUUAGCAUAACCCAGUAAGGCGACAGGCAACCUUUUAAUGCUGGGCUUCACUGAUACAUUGUUACUAGAAAGCCUUCUAAAAUUCACCCAAAUGAGACCUGAAGCUGUGCAAGUUCAGAUCAGCAUAUAAAUAGCUAAGCUACCCUUUCAACCAAAAUUUAUUUCAAAUCUUAUAGUUGCUAAGCAACCCUCUGCAUUGUCAUGGGUUGAGCUGAGAUUUUAAGCUAGGGGAGGGUGAUGUCGGAAGCUCUUCUCCACUGUCUCAGGUGGUGAUGGGCUCUGUCAUUUCCCAGAAUACCAGUCGCUCUGGGAAAAUGAAAUGGUGCAGCCGUUGACUGUGCACAGAUAAUAUGAGGGAAGUCUAGCUGCUGAAUGUCUUGAAAGAAAUAGAGAAUGUCUGUUGUAAUCAGAUUGUCACUGAAGAGUUCUAAGCAUAGCUGCAUUUAGAACACCACCAUCAACCAAAAUAAUGCACUAGCCACACUUAAAAUUGCGUAGCCAUAGAGCAAAGUAGAAACUAGUAAUACUGACUAGGCCAAUGUUUCCAGAUCUAGAUGUCAUCCUUGGUGUUGAACAAAAUGUCUACUACUAACACGGAGCAAUUACAGGCUAAUAAAAUAUUAAUAGUUACCUGAAACUACGAAGUUUGUGUUGAGGCAUCAGGUUGUUGCAAGACAGCUACAAUGCACACCACAUAUUUCAGUAUAUAUUUUUGAAUUGUGAAAGCUAAAAAUAUGUUACCAUUUUCAUAUCCAAGCUUAGGCUCACUUUCUCCGGUCUUCUGAACUAGAAUGAAUUCUUUUUUUUUUAAUGAUAUUUAUUAAAAGUUUAAAAAUUACAGAAAAAAGAAAAAAAAAGACAAUGAAAAAGAGAAAAAGAAGAAAAAAUAAAAAGACAUAUAAAAGCAAUACAACAAUACAGCAAAAAAGAGAAACAAAAAAGAAACUAAAACAGAGAUCCAAUAUUCCAUAUCUUUACCUUUCCUUUACUUGUUUCAUCGACCUCCUCGCACCUCCCUUUUUUUGUAUUCUAGUUCAAUUCACUAUUUCAGCAAAUUCUUCCCAUCUUUCUCAAUUUUUAUUCUAUAAUUUAUCUUAACGGUCUAACCUUGAAUUUUUCCAUUUUAACCCAUUAUCAAUCAGCUUUUACUUAAUUCUUUGUUGCAUUUCUACUAAAACCAUAUAGCUUCAUUCCAGCAUCCUUCUAACACUCAUUAAUUUUACAGUGUUUCUGUAAGUAUACUUUAAAUUUUUUCCAAUCUUCUUCCACCAACUCUUCUCCCUGGUCUCGGAUUCUGCCAGUCAUUUCCGCCAGUUCCAUGUAGUCCAUCAGCUUCAUCUGCCAUUCUUCCCUGGUGGGUAGAUCUUGUGUCUUCCAGUACUUUGCAAUAAGUAUUCUUGCUGCUGUUGUAGCGUACAUAAAGAAAGUUCUAUCCUUCCUUGGCACCAAUUGGCCGACCAUGCCCAGGAGAAAGGCCUCUGGUUUCUUCAGGAAGGUAUAUUUAAAUACCUUUUUCAUUUCAUUAUAGAUCAUCUCCCAGAAUGCCUUAAUCCUUGGGCAUGUCCACCAAAGGUGAAAGAAUGUACCUUCAGUUUCAUUACAUUUCCAACAUUUAUUAUCGGGCAAAUGAUAGAUUUUUGCAAGCUUGACUGGUGUUAUGUACCACCUAUAAAUCAUUUUCAUUAAAUUCUCUUUUAAGGCAUUACAUGCCGUAAACUUCAUACCAGUGGUCCAUAACUGUUCCCAGUCAGCCAUCAUAAUAUUAUGUCCAACGUCUUGUGCCCAUUUAAUCAUAGCAGAUUUCACCAUUUCAUCUUGAGUAUUCCAUUUCAACAGCAAGUUAUACAUUCUUGACAGAUUCUUAACUUUAGUGUCUAACAAUUCUGUUUCCAAUUUUGAUUUUUCCACCUGGACGCCUAGUUUUUUAUCCAAGUUAUAUGCCUCCAUUAUUUGGUAAUAAUGGAGCCAAUCCCGUACUCUGUUUUUUAAUUUUUCAAAGCUCUGCAUGAACUAGAAUGAAUUCUUUGCACAAUUAUAAUUACAGUCAUUCGUACACAUUGUGCUUACUCUUCAUGCACAAUUCUUUUAAGCUGAGAGUAAGAGAAAGCAUUUGGUCUCCUAAGUUCCUCAUGCUCUACAAUGUAUUUAGUUUACCUGCCCAGUCUUGUUGUAGUGCUCUAGUUUUGUUCUUUUAAUAAUCCAUCUGCUUCCUUUUGAGUCACAUAAUAAGUAUGAUGGGGUAUUCAUGUGCUUUGCACCUUCAGAGGUUCAAAGCCAGCUUUGAAAAAAGAUGCUAUUUCCUCUUUAAAUACAAACUUUAAUAGCAUUUGAUUCUGCUUUUCAGCUACAUUUGGGGCACUGAACAAAAUGUGAUCAGCACUAUAAUCCUAGAACCUAGGGUUUUAAGAGUGAAUGGUAAGGGCACAGAAAAAGCAACAUUUAAAUGAAUUUAAUAAGCUUCCUUCAGAUACUGAUUCACAGGAAUGUUGAGUGCAAGCAAGAGCAGCAGUUAGUCUCUAUGUGGAAAUAAUGCAAAAUACAUUAUGUAAGUAGAUUCUGCCGGGGAGCUUAUUUCUCUUGUAAUCCUGUUCAGAAGCAGAAUUUGUUUCCAAAUCAUGGUGCUUGAUUGUCUGAGCUUACCUAUUUUGGGCGAGAUUUGGAAACUCAUUGCUCCUGCCAAAAUUAAGGUGACUUAAAUGGGUGCACAAACAACCUCCUUGGUGUUUUGAAUGCAAGAAAAAUACUGUUAAAAUGCUAUUUUUUAUGGUAUGUGUAGCAGGGCCAUCAUGACAUUUGGUAUAUCACAAUGUGAAUGCAGGAUUUUGUUAAGGCAUUGGGGUGGAUUCAUCAAGCAUUUGGAGAGUGUUAUAUAAGUUGAGACAGUUACAGUGGUACCUCGGGUUACAUACGCUUCAGGUUACAUACGCUUCAGGUUACAGACUCUGCUAACCCAGAAAUAUUACCUCGGGUUAAGAACUUUGCUUCAGGAUGAGAACAGAAAUUGCGCAGCAGCGGCAGCAGGAGGCCCCAUUAGCUAAAGUGGUGCUUCAGGUUAAGAACAGUUUCAGGCUAAGUACGGGCCUUUGGAACGAAUUAAGUACUUAACCCGAGGUACCACUGUAUUUAGAUGGCUGAAGACAACAUAGUCAUACUAAGUACUGCAGAAUCUUGAGACAGAUCAUUGCCGUGGAAGUGGGUUUGAUAUGGAAGCAGCAUUAGACUUUCAGCAACUCAUCUGUAUUUUGGGAAACAGUGAUUUGUCAAAAGCCUCCUAAGUGAAUUUAUGACAGAGUAAGGAUUUGAACUCAAAUCUCAUAGUCAAACUCACAAUCUCCAUUGAACCAGAUGACUCCGUAUGUUGGCAGUCUUGAUGAACUGUCAGAUUAAAUCAGUUCAGACCAAGUUCACACCUCCAGUUUUGCACUAUUCUGCCAUGGAACAUGCAGAUAGAAAUAGAGGCUAUCCAGUUGGCAGAAUCUUUUUUUUGACUGCAUUGCGUCAAGGCUGCAAUUUUAUGACGGCUUUGGGUGUACUUCAUAUUUGAAUGUUCUCCACCAAAUGAACUUUCUGCACAUGCUGUUUUUCUAUGGCAUGUGCUUCACUCCCUCCCUCCCCCAGCAUGUGUGUUUGUGUAUGAGAUGUGUGCACUGCAGAGCAUUCCAACAUUCAGCUGCCCUCCUUCACUGGUACAGCUCAAGGAAAGCAUUCCCACCUGUUUCUGCUGACUAUAUAAGUUGGCCCAGAGUUAUGCUUGCUCUUGGAAUACCAUUAUUCUCUCCCCCCUCCCCAAUUUCUCUGUUAAAUUUGGGAGUAGAAAAGCUGAGCAUUUUCAGUAACUGACAGCUUGGACUGAGUUAGCAGGUUUUUUUUUUACAUAAUAAGUAGCUUCAUAGUGUUACUUAAUUCUACGAUGUUAUUUAAUUCCGUGAAGCUACAUAACUUGGGCAAGUUAUAGAAAAUAACCGUUUCUCAGUCCUGGUGGGCAGAGUGUUGAUUUUAUGCUCAUGGCUAAUAUCAGGUAAAAAUGAAAUGCCUGUGUUCAGUAGAUAAGAGUGUAAAUAUUGAUAUUUGAUGAAUGAUCAGACCAGUUCCUCAUUUGCACGGAAAAACUUUCCUUAAUGCUGAGUGCUUUGUGGUGACAUUGAAUCAGUUUAGGCCAGCUUUCACCAACUUGGUGCCCUCCAGGUGUUUUGGACUACGAUUUCCAUCAGCACCAGCCAGCCAGCACUUGCACUAUAGCUGUAUAGCACAGCCUAGCAUGAAGAAGCAACUGCGCAGGUUCCAGGAGAGGAGAUGGCAACCACUUUGCUGCUGUGCUAAAUCUUGGUUUGGUUUAACAUUUUGUCUAAGCCCAAGACAAACCACAAGCUAUGGACCAUAGUUGAUUGUUGUGUCUUCAAAAGCCCCCUUCAAAGUGUUAUUUCACACAGCACUUUGAAAAGCACUUCAUAGGCCCCUUUGAUCCAAGCCAGGUUUUUACCUGCUCUGUUUUUGACAUCAUACAACAUGAAGUAUAGAGCAGCUGGGUGUGUCCUGUCAGAAAUGGCCUCUUGGGCCAAAAGGGGAGGCCUGGUGGGCCUAAUAAUGCCUGCAGGCUGGAGGUUCCCCACCCCUGUAAAUAAACCCACCCAGUUUUGACGAAAAAUGAAGAAAUUGGCAUGUGCUUGAGAGAGAUCAAGAGACUGAUGUGGUUCAGUGCAGCAGAGAUUCUUUACUUGCAGAAGUGGACAAGAGCAAGGAUUUCUCUUCUGCAUUUAAGAAUUCAUUUGAGUGUGACCUUCAGUUUGUUGCUGUUGUGGUAAACCUGUGUCUGGGCUGUGCCACUUCAGAUGGCUGGUAGGCUUCUCACGAUUGAAUACUCCUCCCAGCUGAAUACUAGUGUCUUAGCUGGGUGGGCUUUGUGUGCUAGGCUUUCAACCUUUCUCACGGACUUAUAGCUUUGCAUAUGAGGAGAGAGGUGCAGGAGUUUUGUGUGUUUGUACAGAGGAGCAUCCACUUGCAGUCUGAAGCAGUACAAACUGGACACUGUUUAACCAACUAAGUCAGAACUAGGCCUAAAUCAAUCUGUGCCCUGGACAUCAUGCCUGCAUGCCGCUGCUGUUGCAGCUGGGUCCCUAGUCUGGCCAUUCUAGCCAGUCUGCCAUUUUAAGACUCUACGUCCCUUAUAGGCAACGGUAGUAAUGCUUCUACUUCCUUAUUCCUCUCUCAGAUCUAUUCCUUUAGGGUGAAUGCAUGUUUCUCUUGAGUAAAAUUGUUGCCAUGAGAGAUGAAAAGGGUAUCAGUUUAACAAUUCAGCCACCUUCCCUGUUGUUUUCAGCUGCAUGUUUGUUUUUCCAGCCCAUAGAAUCCCCAUCUCUUCUCAUGACAUCUCCAUGAAACAGUCCACUGUGAAAUAAAGUAAAAUGGAACCGAAAAAAAAACCCUGAUUCUGUAAUUGGGCAUUAUGGGAGAAUAAUAUUGGAUACAUGUACACAACACAACUGUUCUCUCUGCUUCAAGUGAGGCCCUGAGAAUAGGGAAUGCAAAACAGUUUGUCAGUCUGUGUUCAGGGAUUCGAAGGGAUUCCAACCCGUGGAGUUUGUCUUUUGGAGUUUUCUGGAUUUUUCUUGAAAUGCAGUACCAUUUUGGGGGCGAUUCAAAGGUUUAUGGAUGCUGUGACCAUGUUCUUUGUUUAGCUGAACUGAGGACAUUGCUGUGUGAGUAACUUAAUAAAAGGCAUUAAGUUCUUAGGCACAAGUAUAGUCUGGUAAUGGCACAUUGCAGUCAUUACAUGAAUGUAGCUAUUGUGCUUGGGGAGAGCUAUUAUUGCAAGGAACAGACCUUGAAAGUCUUUACUAGCCUCUGGGGAAGUACUUUCGAGAGUCGUCUGGAGAGCUUUCACAAGGAGUAAAAAUUAGACUCCGAGCCUGCUAGUGCCACAUACUGUUGUUGGUAGAUACUUGAAAUGCACAAAUCAUCAUCCUUUAAUUAUUUUAACAACUUGAAGAAAAUGCAACGGGUCGUGAUCAGCCUUGUAACGGAGCUUUGACAUUUGUUCUUCCUUUCUUUCACAGGCUUACGAAAAAAGGUUUCCUACAUGCCCCCUCAUUCCCAUGUUUGUAGGCAGUGAUACUGUGAACGAAUUCAAGAGCGAGGACAAGGCCAUCCACAUAAUUGAAAGGCGCUGUAAACUGGACGUAGAUGCACCACGGCUCCUGAAAAAGGUAGCUGAAUAACAAUGGUUGGCCUGAAUAGCUGUCUGCAAGGCUGCUGCUACUCCAGUUUAACUUUGCCUCUUCCCUUCUCUCAGAUUGCAGGGGUUGAUUAUGUUUACUUCAUCCAGAAGAACUCACUGAACAGAAGAGACCGCACUUUGCACAUAGAGGCCCACAAUGAGACUUUCUCAAAUAGGGUCGUCAUUAAUGAACACUGCUGUUACACGGUGAGUCAAGGCAGGUUGGUGUGGUUUAAGCCGUUGGGGGCCUUCAGUGGAGGUUUGCACUUUGGCUUUUCCUUCAAUAAGAAAGUUUAAUGCUGCACAUAUUUUGCUGGUAUUUUUGAGCUGGGUAAUUUGUAACAGCUUUUGGGAAUUUUCUUGUUUUGGACAGAAUCCCACAACACUGAAAUAUCAGAUCUAGUCAUAUUUAACAUUCUGUGCUCAGGCAGUACAAACAUAUUGAAUAUGUUAGGACUGGCAUGUGUUCAGAACACUUCAUUUUCAUUCUGAUUUAAGUCUGCACGGGUGCUAGCAGGUGUUCAGACUCCUAGGAUAUGAUGCAGGUGAGCCGACAAGUUCUUGUCCCAGUGUCUUUUAAACUUGCAGACAGCCAUGAUUUGUUUUUUUAGGAAAAGCAGACAAUCAAUGCAAGGGAAAGAACUCUGUUGCAUGCAUAAGUUUCCACAUUCUUGCCAACAGGAAAAUCUAAAUACAUGGGGAAAUAGGCAUAUAAAUCAAGCCUAUGUUCGCUGUCUGCUUUUUUUUCUUUUCUUUUUCUUUUAAAGAGCUGAAAAAGCUAGAGCUAGCAAUUCAGUUUCUUCAGUUUUAGGCUGCUGCUUCUCAUCAGAGAGGUGACAACAUCGCAGCAGCCAUAAAAACUCUUAGCUGCUAAGAAGAAAUAGGAGUAGUGUGUGGCAUUUUGAAUACUAAAACCCAAUUUUAAUUCUGGCUGCUAAUCCCAAACAUUUAAUAUUCCUCUAGAAUUACUUUGAAGGCAUCCACCAUAAUCAGUCAUAAUUUUCCAAGUAGAAUUAAUUUAGCAAAGUACAGGAGUUGCCUGCCCAAGUUAAAUGUGCCAGAUCUCUGCUUUCAGCCUUGCCAUAUGCAGAGUUAUAUUAGCCUAAUUAAUAAACUCCAGUGAAUGUAGGAAUGCCUAAGUCUGCACAGGAACAGGCUGUUAAAUUCCUUAUGCCAUGAGUUAGACAAUGCACAGCAAUUCCUUUCUCUGUGGCAGUUUUCAGGAUGACUUGUGUGAUUUGUGACAGGAAUUGAGAAAAGUUGACUUCUGUGAUGGUGGAAGCCAUGUUGAGAAACUAGCGAAGAGUUGUACCAAUAACUUGAAUGUGAAUACUUGGAAUAGUUCUGCUGAAAUGCAGGGAUUACACAUGUGUCUUGCCUUUUUGGAUCUUGAAAUGGGUCUAAAAACCAAGAGAACUGAAAACUCAUAAACAUGAGAUUUACAGAGCCCACUUAGGUCGAUUACUAUUUUAAAACCUAAGUCCUUGACCAAAGUACAUUGGCAGUAUUAAGCCACUGUGGUUUACAUUGCAUAGUGGUGCAGCUUUAAACUAAAUCUUAGUUGUGUUGUGCAUUGGUGAGCACGCCAGUUGGCUGCACUAAAAAAGAACAUGGUAUGCUGUACUUCAGAAUUUCUUGUGAUACUUGAUCAGGUUUCUCACACUAUGUGCCAACCUUUUGUUUCUCAACACCACAGGUGCAUCCAGACAAUGAAGACUGGACAUGUUUUGAGCAGUCUGCAAGCCUUGAUAUUAAAUCUUUCUUUGGAUUUGAAAGCACAGUAGAAAAGAUUGCCAUGAAACAAUACACCAGCAAUAUUAAAAAGGUGAGCUUUCAAGUUUGCAACUCCUUGGCCUGCUGGCUCUCGAUAUUGCAGCUGGAGUGAUUUUGAGCCCAUUUGGGAUUUGUCCGGCCAGGUUCGGCUUUAUUGGUGGCUGCUCUUGUCUUCUAUGAAUGGUAUUUUUACCAUUCUUAUUUAGACAAUAUUGAUUAAUCUGCUCUUGUUGCAAAUAGAGGAGCCUGCGUGUGCACUGACUUUGUGAUUUGACAAUUGAUUAUGCGGUUCCUGGAAUGCAUCAUAGGUGCUUAAACUCUUUGUUAUAACAAAGUAAAUAAAGAUACUGCUUUUUUUUUAUCCCCCUAGAGGCAGUUGCCCAACUGCAAGCAUGGCUUGGAUAGGCAGUACUUUAAAUCAUACUGUGCGAAACAGCAUGCAACUUUAGAAGAAGUUUCCCCAUAAGAAUAAAACAACUUGUCAAAAAUAGGAGGUUGCCUAGCUUAUUGUGCCCAGGCUUUAACCUGUCUGUAAUUGCUCAAUUGCCUUUGUCAAAAGUGGGAGCUCCAUGCUUCCCAGACCAGCUGUAUCCAUACUUGGCCAAAAAGCAGUUGGUGGGCAAACACAUUGCCCUAGCUCUCCUUGUGACUUUUGAGUUGGUGUAGUUCCUGCCCACCUAGCAGUUAGAAAGCACGUCAAAGUGCAAGUAGAUAAAUAGGUACCGCUCCGGCGGGAAGGUAAACGGUGUUUCCGUGCGCUGCUCUGGUUCGCCAGAAGUGGCUUAGUCAUGCUGGUCACAUGACCCGGAAGCUGUACGCUGGCUCCCUCGGCCAAUAAAACGAGAUGAGCGCCGCAACCCCAGAGUCGGCCACGACUGGACCUAAUGGUCACGGGUACCUUUACCUUUAAGUACCAUGGAAAUAGGUUCAUUCUUUUCUAAACUAGUUCAUGCUCUAGGGGGGUGGGUGAUGCUGAAAUGUAGAAGCAUGUAGUGGGGCUCUCAGUGUCUUAGAGUACACCUUGUUUUACAUAAGGAAGAACUAAUAGUGCAAUUUUCUCUGAAAACUUAUGCCCAAAGAGGAGUGCAUUGACUAAAGAAUUGCCUUGUUUUCAAAGGGCAAAGAAAUAAUUGAGUACUACUUGAAUCAGCUAGAAGAGGAGGGAAUUAAUUAUAUUCCUCGUUGGAGUCCCCCGGCUAAAUUUACGUUUGAACAUGGUGCAUCUCAUGUAAGGCGGCCACUGUCCCCUCCAAUCAACAUACCUGAAACUACCACCAAGGAGGGACUCAGCCCUAAGGAAAUCAACAAUUGCAACAAUGCAUCAGAGCCCACAGCUGGAACACCCGAUGGUGCGUUAUUUGCCUGCCCUGUCUGCCUUUUGGGGUUAUUUUGUGUCUCUCCAUUAAUAUAACAGCUAUAGUUUAUAAGUAAGGAGUUGGUGAAUCUCUAUUUCUGUGCUGAACGUCUUCAAUUUCUGUAGCCAAAUUUCAUGAUUUUGGCCACACAGCAUAAAUAGCACAAACAACUGUACACUGAUAUGUUUUCAGAUAUAAAAUCUGUAGGUUGCAUUUUAUUAACAGACUUUGAAUGAGGGAAAGGCACCCAGUAUUGACUAGGCUGAUGCCUAGCUGGAGCUGGUGGAAGAAAAACAGCUCAGCUAGUAGCAUUUCAUUCUUUUCAAACUAUGUAUUAAAAAUGGCAGCUUGCUCUGCAAAAGGACAAGCCGGAGCUUCAACUUGAAGAAUGUAUACUGAAAGCCAUUUGUUAAUUGAUCCAGCAAUCAUUUAUUCUAAUAGUAUUUGUGUAAAUAAUGGUUUCAGACAAGCUGGAUGCAGACUACAUCAAGAGGUAUUUGGGAGAUUUGACACCACUUCAGGAAAGCUGCCUCAUCAGGCUUCGGCAGUGGCUCCAGGAAACGCACAAAGGCAAAGUAAGUAUCUGUCUCCCUUCUUGACUUCCCGUUCAUCAGAAAAGUGCACAGCAUGCAAGAUGAUCUGGCAGCAUGUCAAUAAUCCAUCCAAGGGAAUGGACAUUUUUACAUAAGAUGGCCUUGAACUAGUUUGAACCUGAUACCUUUUAGUUUUUCUGUGUGCUGUAAAAAGUCUAAUCUUUAAAUCUACUUCCCAGAGUGCAGAGACCAGAUGCUUUUAUACUUAAAGAAAACAAAGCUUUGGCUUGGUAGCCUAGAUAUCCUUUCAUAUAUGCUAAAGGUUAUGUAUUGUAGAAGCAUAAAAUUGAAAUGUCAACAAAUCAACCAGUUUUACUGUGUCCUGCUUGGAGAUUGAUUUAGUUGCUUGCAAGGAGGCUCCUGUUAACGACAUUCCUCCGUUAACCACUGCCAUGCCUUUCUCAUAGCAUAGUUUGAAAGCAUGCAAGACUGCACACGUGGGCAGGUGGUCUGUAAUUCAUGGAACGUUGCACUGAGAUUAUAUGACUAGCAUAAAAGCUAAAGGCCAGUUGGACAUGCAAAUACAUCUUUCCUGCAAUACCGCAACAGUCAAAUUCCAAUUUCCUGUUUUGUUCUCCCUGCCUUCCACAGCAAGUACUUCAAGAGUAAGCUAUUUAAAAUAAAAGUUAGCUUCAGUUCUAAGUCUGUAGUUUAGGGAGAAAACUUCACAUAGGAGAGAGAUGGGCACAACGUGAUCCAGGGAAUUGUGAAUAGCUGUGGAUGCUCAAGGAAUGUACCCCACUAGUGGUAAAUACGUAUUUGUUGGUGUAUAGCACACGAGGCUACCCUAAAUUUGAAGGCAGCUUUCCACAUAGUAAGUACCUAGCUAAACUCAAUUUGAAGCCAAAGCUUCCAGCUCCACAUUAGAAGCCACAUUGUGCCCUGAUCUCUUGGUAUGUAUGUGCUACUUAAAAUGUAUUGUGGUUCAUUUGUUUGCAAAAUCAAUGUAGCAUCCCCCCCCCCCCCGCCUCACCAGCUUGCAAAGUUUCUGUGCCCCUCUGCUCACCAAUGUGGUGGUUUGUUCACACCGGCCUGUGCUUUUUGUGUUUCCUUAAGUUUCUUUCUUGCACUUUCCUUCUAUCAUAAGUCAGCUUGUUCACUCCUACAGCUUCCAGUUUCCAUCCAGUAUUUAGACAUGGUCAUUUUCUCUAGCCUAAUAUUAUCUUUAGAGCUAUAGGGCAGAAGCUCAGUUUAAAUCACUUUUAAAUCAUGAUUAUGUCAUGUUAGCAUCUAGAAUGUCUGAUUUAAUUUGGCUCUAUUAGCAGUAAAAGAAAAGGAUGCUUCAAGCAUUACCUCUCACCACUCUUAAGUAAUUUUCUGAUGUAGAGGCCAAAAGUUGAUUAUAUUUUCAAAAUCUGGGCUAUAUUUUGUUCCAGAUUUGUAAGUACUAGCGCUCUUUCUUUCAAACCUGCUUAUUUUUAUGCUAUCUGCCAUAUAAGCAAAAUCUCCUUAAUUACUUUCCCAAUAUUUACUUAGUUGCUUGAUCUUCAAUGCAGAUGUAUCCCGGCUUAACUCUGUUAUCCAGUUCACUGCAAAACCCUUGAGUGUCUGCCAUUUCACUUCUCGUCUCUUAAAUGUCUUGCCUGAUUGUACCCAUUUUUCUGUGGAUUAAACUAAAGAACUGAUGACAUUUCCAUCUGAUUUUUUUGAACAAAAAUCUCCUCACAGCUUUGAUUUGCUAUUUUCUCAUACCCCGCUCUAGCUGUUCAUCUCUUUAACACACAUUUUCAUUCUGGUCUGCUUGGAGGUGGCAUAAAGUAAUGCUUUUCAGGAUGGCGUUGUAAGUCAGUUAUAGUUUAACACAGAUAGAGCAAAGGAAUAACAAACAACUUUCUUACAAAGUGUGCAAAAACUUCCCAGCUUGCUUUUUUCCCUCUUGGGGCACAUGAACAGCAAUGCUGUGAAUGGCAAAGUGUGCUGUGCUGUGGUCAUUGUCCACAAAAGGGGGUAAACUGACAAGUGCUAUUGGGAAUCUCAUUCAGAUUUUUAAUCCUAUUUUUGUGUUUGUAUGCGUGCGUGUGUGUGUGUGUGUGUGUGUGAAUAGGAGUCUCUUUCUUUCACUGAUUGCCUCCUGUUAAUUGCUAAAAGUCUAACAGCUAUACUAUAGCAGAAAACAUACAACCACCCCGUUUUACUAUUUCUUGCUUACUCCAUCUUUUCUCAUCCAAAUUUCAUGGAAUUUGUAGAGAGGGCUUCAGUAGUUUUCUUUGCUGUUCUCUUGAUGCUUGUAUCCCUGCCUGCAACCAUGAUGUAAAGACCUAAAUGGAGAUGCUGUAAUCCAAACUGUGUGUUGUGACCCAUUAGUGUGUCGGCUUCAGUGUGUAGGUGUGUCGCAUGAACACUCCUCGUGCUCCUCCCAGGGAAAGGGAUUACAUUAACCUCUGGUUUGCUAGUAAAACUGAAUUGCUGUGUCAUGAAAUGAUGCAUGUCUAAAAAGUGUGUUACCAACAUGAAAAGUUUGGAAAGCUCUGCUACAACCUGUAUUCGUGGGCAAUAGCUAUUUUUCUUCUUUAGUUCUCUACUGCUGGUGUCUUCCUGGUUCUCCAUGAGUGAAAGGGAUGGGGACAGCCUCAUCUAAGAGAAACUUCCUUUGACUCAUGUGCACCAUCUAAAGAGCAUGCAAUACCUAACACUAUUGUUUUAUCAAAGAUACCGUAAGCCACCUUGGGUUGGCAAUUUGCCUCAAAAGCUGGUGUAAACAUUAAUGCAAAUACUAGAACAAGUUAUUUAUGCAGAGUAGAUUUAAAUCUAAUCAAUUAAGGUAGCUGCCCCAGUUUUCUGCUCUGAGGGUAUAAAAUGGAUAUUGCUCAGUAGCAAAUGAAAUUCACCUCCACCGUUUAGAUAACUUUGGAAUCAGCUGGUUUGUAACUUUCAGCCCCCUUUCGCUGAUGUUUGCAGAUCCCAAAAGAUGAGCAUAUCUUACGAUUCCUGCGUGCGAGAGAUUUCAACAUUGACAAAGCCAGAGAGAUCAUGUGCCAGUCCCUAACGUGGCGUAAGCAGCACCAGGUGGACUACAUCCUGGAGACUUGGAACCCUCCUCAAGUACUUCAGGAUUACUAUGCUGGAGGCUGGCACCACCACGACAAAGGUAGAGUAGCCCUGCUGCCCUAUGUAAGCAAAGGUUGUUAGACCAUUAUUCACUUUGGCUGGUAUGUGUAGCAAAAGGAGCCAUAGGAAAGGUUCUCUGUAAAUUUUUAAAAUGUCCCUUGAACAUUCCUGCAGAGGUAGUAACAAAAUGCUUCUGAAUCACUACGCUGUUUUCAAGCAUCAUUCGGGCAAGAUUGAAGUCAUGAAAGCAUAGUUUUCAGAAACAUGGUGUAAAAGACACACACAGUGUGCAUUUGUUGGAACAAGCGAGGAGAUGUGUCUGUUAUCUCUGCUGCUAAAGAUAGUGUUUUAAACAAAAUAUUGCCACUGUUAAAAUUACUCGGCCCCUGAAAGCUGUGCUUCAAAGAAUAAAAGCUGGCAAUAAUGUAUAUUGGAAUUCUGAGAAAUUCAGCUUGAUUUUUUUAAAUAAAAAAACUAGCCUUCACUGUGGGGAAAAAAUAAUAAUGCUUUACUGCAUCAAGUUGUGCUUUAAGUGAAAUGCCUAAACUUUUAAAGGGGCUCACAGCAACUUUUGUCUUUUUUUGUGUGUGCCAAGUAUUCUGCUUUCAAGUACUAAAGCUUCUACAGUUUUCUCACAAACUUAUAAAAUAUUUUAUUCAAUCCUCAAAGCCACACACUUUGGGUUAAAGAAUAGUUUUAGGUUUUCAUCUAGCUGCAUUCCAUUAAUAGCUCAGACUGUAGGAAUGUUAAGCUUUCCCAAGGCUCUUCUGCCUGAAGCUACAGUUAUUCAGAUAAAAUUGAAAGAUACAAUUAUUCAGAUAAUAUUGACCAAUACAUUAAAUUGGUCCCGCAGCCUAAAUUUUUUUAUAGCUUUGUGCCAAGUUGCCAGCAUUGUCCUGUUUCCUACAAUGUUAAUGAGAACAUACAAAGUGUGUUUCUCCCUCUCCUUCACCCCCGGAUUCUUGCUAAUACAAGUUGCUAAUGAGGUGGUGGAGUUAAGCUAUGCCAAAGUUCAGAUUUCCUUUGCAGCCAAGGAGUGACAGUUGCUUUCAUAGAAACCAAAGUUGCCAAGCAAACACUGAUCAUUCUAGUUGCCCUUGCAAAACCACAGUUGCCGCUGUUCUUUUUUGUUCAGAUGGGCGUCCACUGUAUGUGCUGAGACUUGGCCAGAUGGACACCAAAGGUUUGGUGCGAGCUCUCGGGGAAGAAGCCUUGCUUCGCUAUGUAAGUGCCUUUGAUGCCAUGUGUUUUGGUAGUGAACACAAUGUUCCUGUUUUAUAGUUCUGCUUCACAUUAGAAAGAUGAGCACACUGUGGCUGUCUUCGUCAAUCUGUGUUCUUUUUUCACACUGUUCUGCCAGAAUAUCAGAAGUUUUGUUUUGUUCUUUGUGGGUUGGGUGGAGUUGUCUUACUUUGUGGUUUACAUAUGCAGGAAGGUGAGGUGGUGGAAUCCUGAGGUCAUAGAGUGGCUUGCAUUACCUCCGGUUGUAGGUGGUGGGUUGUUGUUUUUUUAAUGUUCCCAUUUUAAAAAUAAAAACGUCAGCAUGCAAAGGGGGAAAAGAAGCGCAUUAGGGGGGAGUUUCUAAGCCAGCUUGUUUCCCAUUUGCCAGGUUUCUAGUGUGUGCAGGGGGGUUACAUUAUUGGCAAACUAGCACAUUUUGUUAGACUGAAAAUAACAAAGAACUCCAGUUUCCGUGCAUAUAGAAUUCUGGCUGCUCCCACCUAGCCCAGGCCUUCCAUUAUCCAGAGGAAUUUCAUAUUCUAAAGUCUUUCUUAAUUGUAUACUUACUCCAGUCUCUCUCCCCCACACCCCUACCUCACAUUCCUACCACAUUUUUUGGGGGGGGGGCUCAGUUCAGUUUCUGAGACUUCCAAACAUGAGGAUCGGUAACUUUUCUAUUAUUGCUGACAAACAUAAAGCAGAAACAUAAUGCAGAAAUUAAGUUAGGGGAACAUCAGAAAAGUUUGUAGAAUCAGUGAAUUGGGAAAGCAGGAAUGGGAUGAUUAUCUCCUUUCAAAGGUAAAACAGAGAUGAUAGUAGCAGUUCUCUUUGUCCCGAUUUUCACCAUGGCUAUUCUGCUACAACAUCUCUGCAAUAUCCUUGUUUCUCAUUUUUGUGUGUGUGUGUGUGUGUGUGUGUGUGUGUGUGUGUUUAGGUUCUCUCUAUUAACGAAGAAGGACUGAGGAGGUGUGAAGAAAAUACAAAAGUGUUUGGAAGACCUAUAAGGUAAAAGAGAAUAGCUGUUAAAUGAAAUAUGAUUAGUGGAAUGCGAAGUGUUGAGAGACUCCAUGCUAAUCACUCUAAGAUUGAUUCAUAUGUUAGCUAAGGGGAUAUACCCCAUAUUGUGAAAUUCCUGUGUAUGAGGGCUCCAACCUGUCCCCGUGCCCACAGGUACAAUGGCACGCCAUGUUUGGCCACUGCAGUGCAUCAUGCCCAAAGCCAUGAUUUCAAAGUGAGGUGCAUGGCCCACAUAUGAAUUAGGAGGACACAUCUCACAUGAGUUUCAGCCAAACGUUUAGGAAAACAUGGAAAACAGCUUUCCAGGCCUUAUGUGGCACUUAGAAGUAGAUUUUCGCCUGCUCCACAUUCAGGGUGAAGACAGGUUGUCAUCCCUCACACCCAGAGUAUAGAUGAAAGGGAGUUUUGUGACAUUGGGGACUCCCUUGAACAGGCAUGGUCAAACUUGGCCCUCCAGCUAUUUGGGGACCACAACUUCCAUCAUCCCUAGCUAACAGGACCAGUGGUCAGGGAUGAUGGGAACUGUAGUCCCAAAACAGCUGGAGGGCCAAGUUUGGCCAUGCCUACCCUAGAAGCUUUGAAUGUCGUCAGUUCAGUGAUGAAACCAACAACUAAGGCAAGGGGGCUAGAGUAAAACAACUUUCUAGUGACUGAUACAAACCUCUUCAGCAAAUCUGAUUUUGGGGGAGGGGGGCUGUGGGGAGGUUUUUGUUUUGUUUUAAAAAGACACAUUUAGUAAGUUCAUUGCCUUUGCUUUGGGGCAAACAGUUGUUGGACCUGUUUGGUGGAUCUGGAGGGGCUGAACAUGCGGCACUUAUGGAGGCCUGGCGUCAAGGCUUUGCUAAGGAUCAUCGAGGUAGUCGAAGCCAAUUAUCCGGAAACCUUGGGGCGCCUCCUCAUUCUGCGAGCUCCCAGGGUGUUUCCAGUCCUCUGGACACUGGUACGUUCAUCUGCUUUUGUCUCUCUUGGGACCUGUGCUUUGGAAAAUGGGACCCAGCCCUGUACUAUAAAAUAGCCAUGGUCAACACUUGCAACGUUUUUUUAUAGGGAGCAUCAUUUCUGUAACCAAAAACAAUCCAGUUACAUACAGUAGUAAUGUGGCCUGGUGGAAUAGUUCACCUCUUGAGCAUGCCACUUUUAUGAGUAUCACCAAUAGUAAAAGUAUCCUCUUGAAGCCAUUUGAGGAUACGGGGACUCGACUCACUUGGUGUCAACAGCCUUCUUGGCAAGUGAGUCAGCGCACAAAGUUGCAGACAGGCAGAGCCACAGGGAGAAGCAAUUGGAGGCUGUAAUCUACCCCCUCUAGAAAGAGGAGUGGCUGCACCCUGCCACUCAUUUAGGUACCCCAGAACUUCCCACUGUGUCUCUGAAGCUGCCUCUUUCACCUCAAAGCCAAUGAGCUACCUUUUUAACUUAGUAUUUUACUUGCAGGUCAGUCCAUUCAUUGAUGACAACACAAGAAAGAAAUUCCUGAUCUAUGCUGGCAAUGACUAUCAAGGACCCGGUGGGCUGUUGGAUUACAUUGACAAAGAAAUCAUUCCAGAUUUUCUUGGUGGAGAAUGCAUGGUUAGUAAACAGUAGUUGUAGCAGAACUGCUUUCAUUGAUUAUUUUCUUUAUUCCAUAACAUUUCUACACUGCUUGUUUGUAAAAACCACCACCACCCAGAAGUGGUGCACAGCAGAUAAAAAGAAAAAAUGUACAACCCUAUGUUAAAAUAUGCAAACGUUUAAAUACUAAUACAGAUUAAAAUUACUUUAGCUUUCUAAACAUCUGGGUAAAGGUAAAGGGACCCCUGACCGUUAGGUCCAGUUGCAGACUACUCUGGGGUUGCAGUGCUCAUCUCACUUUACUGGCCGAGGGAGCCGGCAUACAGCUUCCGGGUCAUGUGGCUAGUAUGACUAAGAGCAGCGCACGGGAACACCAUUUACCUUCCAGCCAGAGCGGUACCUAUUUAUCUACUUGCACUUGACGUGCUUUCAAACUGCUAGGUUGGCAGGAGCAGAGGCUGAGCAAUGGGAGCUCACCCCGUUGCGGGGAUUCGAACCACCAACCUUCUGAUCGGCAAGCCCUAGGCUCUGUGGUUUAGACCACAGCGCCACUCGCGUCUGGGUAGGCUUGUCUAAACAGUAAUGUUUUUAGCAGGUGCCGAAAAUAGUACAGUGGAAGGCACCUGCUUAAUCUCAAUAAGCAGGGAGUUCCAAGUGGAAUUGAGUUCUUACAAAUGCAGAACAGAUAUUAUGUGGCAACCUGUAAGUAGUGGCAGUUACACUGAUCCAAGCGGUCGAGUGGCCAUGUGUAGGGUAAGGCGAUCUUGUAGGCAAACUGGUCCCAGGUUGUUACGGGCUUUAUAUACGAAUAGGAACACCUUGAACUUGGCCCGGUAGCAAAUGGGCAACCAGUGCAGAUCUCUGAGCAGAGCUGUGUUAUAUGCUGACAUCGGGCUUGCACUCUUGCUAUGGCAUUCUGCACUAACUGCACCUUCGGGAUCAAGCACGAGGGAAGCCCCACUGUCAAGUGUGUAAACCCCCCCCCCACACACACUAUUCCCUACAUUCAGAUAACUCAAUCAGUGGAGCACACUGCAAUUCUAAUUAACAAAUGCAUCUAGAAUCUCUGGUUCCCUGAAAGGUUGUUUAUACUCAUGCAGUUCUCAGGGUUACCCAACUCUGCUAAAGAUCACCUUGUGUGGCUGUUGCCAUUUUGGCUGUAAAAACAACAGCACCAGGUGAAUCGCAUAAGAAUAUGGGGUGGAGGGUCUAACCCUCUAUAUAAAUUUUCCAAACAGACAAACUUGCAGUUUGGUCUUGUUGAACCAAUAUGAAAUUGUAAGGGGUGGGACACACACACAGUUUUUAAAAACCAAUUCACAUGUGUUCUUCGGUGUCUUUGUUCAAUGAUAACUCACAUCCAUUAAGAGCUUUACUUCUGAGCAGAUUCUUUCUGAGGUGUGAUCUGUUUGAGUAGAGAUCUAAUUCUGAUUUUUCUCUCCCUUCCACCUUAAUUAACUCUCUGAAGUGUGAAGUUCCAGAAGGUGGGCUGGUUCCCAAAUCUCUAUACCGUACAGCAGAAGAACUGGAAAAUGAAGAUAUAAAGUUGUGGACAGAAACAAUUUAUCAGUCUGCAAGCGUCUUCAAAGGAGCUCCCCAUGAGGUGACUUUCCUUGUUUUCUUUCUUGCAUCCAAUUGUCUAUCCAUGACAGACAAGCUCAGGUCUUCAUUGGUUUGACAUGGGCUUCAUGCCAACUUUGUGCAAUUAGAGGUGCUUCAGAUGAUAUUUCAGCUGGUCCACUCUCAAAAUAAUUGUUCAGCUCAGUAGAGGAAUCUUCUUCUUCUCUUCCACAGUUAGAAAAAUGCUACCUUAAGCAUUUUCUAUUCACAGCAGAGGAGCUCAAAUCUUAUUCAGCUUUGUUCAGCUGUUUUGUUAGUAAUGCAAGCCGGCCUCACAUGAACAGUUAUUGGUAAGAGUGGACUUUCUGAAACAUCUUCUUAGUUCCUUCUAAGUCCUUUCUUAUGAGCUUGUGUUGGUGAACAAUGCUGAAAUAAGGGGAAGAAGUAGAGAGGCACACAACUCCACCCCCAUUUUUAGUCUAACAUUGCUUUCCUGCAGUCUGCUAAAAGUAGUAGCAAGGGGGCUGCCUCAAAAGAUAAGGGGGUCAAGCCCUUCUGGCCCACCUGUAAUUUGAGCACUGCUCAAAUGACUGUUCCUAGUCCUGCUGUGAAGGCAACCCUUGACUCCCCCCCCCCCUUACUAAACUUUUUUUUGCAGAAAACAAGAUGCGGUGCACUUUGAAUACACUCAGUUGGUGCCUGUAGCAUACUUUUAAUCUACAUUUUUAUUAUGUGGUAACUGGAAGAAUAUUGAUGCAGUUGAGCCACCUAUUUUCCCCCAGCAGCAUUUAUUGAAGGGCCAGUCUUUUAAUCUGCAUUUCCUUAAAGCAGCAGGAUGGAGAUAUGCUAGAUGUAGAAACUGUCUUUCUCCAGUGUCUUUCGAUCACUGGAAAGCCUAUAUUAUUGUCUUAUUACUUGGCCUUCACCUUAAGGUCCCAGGGCAGGUUACAACAAUUAAAAACACAUCAUCAUUAAGAAACCUCAACAUUGCAAAAAACCACAAUCACAAAAAUUAUCAUCUAAUAAGAAUAACAAUAACAUCUAAUGAAAAGUAACAAAAGUUCAGACAAUUGCCUAUAUUAUAUUUAUACUUCCAACUAUUCUGCAUUAGAAGUAUUCAAGGCUGUUUUUUAAAAAGAGAUUACUUUGCCCAUGCCAUCGGAUGCAUCCAGUUAGAUGCUCUCUCAUGCUGCUUUAACAUCCAACUAUUGACAAACAGCGAGCUUUCAAAAUGGCAGCAAGGGCUGCCAUAUCUCCUUGCUGUCAUAAAGCCAAGGGUGAAUUCGUUCUUCCCCAACCCCCUUUUCUAUGGCUUCUGAAAUAACAUGCUUUUUUAUUUAUUUAAUUGUAGGGCCUAAAUGAAAACUGACUGUGUAAUUUGACUUUGUACUGCUUUUUAAAAUGUUUGUUUGUAAAUGUUACACAGUUGGAUGCAGAAGCAAUUAAACUCUUGCAUCUGGCUACAGAAUCCCUCAUAGCAGGUUUUGUAGCAAAUAUAAACACAAUGGGUUUCUACGCCAGAGCAUUCGAAGUGUGUGGAAUUUGACAGCAGCACCAAAUUGGCUCUUCUCAUUGAAAGGCUUUUUGCUUUGACCGAGCUUUUAAUAUAAUUAUCCUCCAACUCUCUAGAUCUUCAUUCAGAUUGUGGAAGCUUCGUCUGUGAUCACCUGGGAUUUUGAUGUUUGCAAAGGUGACAUUGUAUUUAACAUCUAUCACUCCAAGAGGGCACCACAGCCUCCGAAAAAGGACUCCCUGGGGGCCCACAGCAUUACUUCUCCCGGUGGCAAUAAUGUGCAACUGAUAGACAAAGCCUGGCAGCUGGGGCGGGACUACAGCAUGGUGGAGUCUCCGCUUAGCUGUAAAGAAGGGGAGAGCGUGCAGGUGAGAACCAGCCUCUAAGCAAAAUCCAUGUUGUUAGGUUACUUUCAACUGGCUUCUACCCCAAACAGAAGUCACUGGAAUUGGUAACAAGAGACUACAGCAGGGGUUGGGAAACCCAUGAGACUCUUGAUAUCAGAGUUGUGGGUUUGAGCCCCAUAUUAGGCAAAAAUCUCCUGCAUUGCAGGAGGUUGGAUUAGAUGUCCCUCUUGAUCCCUUCCAAUUCUAUGCCCUUGGAGAUGUUUUGACUCCCAAUGCAACAUCAACCCCAGCUAGCGCAACUUAAGUGAUGAUGGGAGCUGUAGUCAGUAAUGCCUCAAGGGCUACAACACUCUUGGGGUGGGCUAUCUGAUCACAACCAACAGUAACUGGGCAGAUCUAAGAGAAUUCUUAAGUUCCGAUGAAUAGUUGCCUUGCGUCAUGAGUGGUCUUAUUGAAUGUAUGUAGUCUUACUGUUUGCUGUGGAAUGGUAAGGGAUUUUAGGAUGGUGCUGGUCAGUUUUUAAAAGGAAAGCCCUGGGAUUGCCAGCCACUUCCUAUCCCCAGAUAUAUCAAUCAAGUAUUUGAGAAGAAGAUCCAGCCAAUGGGGGUUGGGGGAGCUGAGUAUCACCACAACUGUAAGGCUGAAACACUUUGCAGCCCAUCAGUUUCCCACAACACUAAAAUGGCCACAUACAACAUUCUGAGAGGUGAUUAUCUAGCUGUGAGUCCUGGAAGACCUGGUUCCUAUGGUCCAUCUGGGGAAGGUGGGGCCUUGACUGACUCCAGCUAUAAAGGCUAAACCUUCUGUUCAAGUUGCCUACAGGCCACCUGCAUGGGGUUUGUUUCAGGAUUGUUGUUGGAGUAAACAGUUUUAGAGAAGAUUUAUACUGCUGCUUCUUCACUAUGAGUCGCAAACCAGAGUUGUGAAUGAAGCUCAUUGGGAUUCCCUCCCCCCCCCCCCCCGCUUUGCUUUCAGGGGUCCCAUGUGACAAGGUGGCCUGGUUUCUACAUUCUCCAGUGGAAGUUUCACAGUAUGCCUGCUUGUGCUACAACCAGCCUGCCUCGUGUGGACGAUGUCUUGGCAUCUCUACAGGUCUCAUCUCAUAAGUGCAAAGUGAUGUACUACACAGAAGUAAUUGGGUCAGAAGAUUUCAGGUAUGCUUUUGCAAGCACCAUGCCAGGGAAAUCCUAAUGGAAAGACCCCUGAAAGGAAAAUAAAAAAUAGUUCUUACGAUUUGCUUGGUUGAAAGGCAAUGCCGUGAAGGCCUUUUAAACAUGGAAGAAGGGUCCUUGCAGUUCUUCCACUUUGCCAGAAUUGCUUAGAACAGCAAUGUUGUGAAAGUACUUAUUGCACAUCAAAUACGAGUAUUAAGUAAAGUUGGCAGGAACUAGGGAAAGAAAGGGGGAGGGAGGGAGGUGAAGCUUUUGUGAAUAGAGUUACCUGACCACCAAGAAUCAGGGAUGCAGCAGUAAAACUGCUAGCAUGUUUGCAAAGCUAAGCAAGGUCCAGUAUGGUUUCAAAUUGGAGGGAGGAUCAUGUGCAUUUCAAAGGGUUGGACUAGAUGACUGUUGGGAUCCAUUUUAGCUCUAAAGGGCUCUAAAGCUGAAAGGAUCCUAAAACUGCACGUAUAUUUUGUGAAGGAACAGAUUCUCAUGAAGCCGAACUCGUAUGUGAAAUGCCUACUUGAAUACCUCUAAUGGUGGUUGUGUGCAGAAUCUAGAGUAGACAACCUGAAAAGUUGGUUGCCCCUAGUUUCAGAUGCAGUUGGGCCCAAAGAUCACAAAACUGCCUCACUCUGGCUGCAUAGUAUUGUGCAAAUCCAUUGGCAUAUUUAAAACUUCGUGGUUUGGAUACAACCUGCAUUUAAGGAGAGCUUUUAAACAAAAUAUCUGGUUCUCAUUCAAGAAGGUCAGAAGUGAAAGAAAUCUCUUUCUCUAUAUCUGAACAUUAUCUUGAAUUGAAAUUCUUUCAAGGGCAUUAAGGACGGAGAAUUCUUAAAUAUUUUCCUACUGAACCAAGGGUUAAAUUGAAAUUUAGAUUGAAGAAAAGAACCCCCCAUUCACUCUGGUUUCUUGGGUUUACCUUACCAUGUAAAUCGGAGAUGAGCAACUUUUUAAUUAUUAUUAUUAUUAUUAUUAUUAUUAUUAUUUCUGUUGAGGACAACAUUCCUUUUAUGGGAGCUCAUAUGCUGGUGGUGGGCAGAGAAUAUACAGAGGUUUUUUAUUAAAAAUAAAUAAAUAAAUAGUGCAACAAACCAAUACAGCUACUGUUCUGGAAAGCACAGGAUAAUGCCAAGGUUGCAGGUUCUAUCUCUGUAUGGGACAGCUGGAGACUGCAUUGCAGGGGGAAGGACUAGAUGAUCCGCAGGGUCCCUUCCAACUUCUGUGAUUCUAUGUAUGAGAGAGGGAACUUCCACCCAACCAGGAUAAUUAACAAAAGCAAAAAGCAAAACAAAAAAACCCACAAGUUUGUAUAAUACCUUACUAUCUGUCUCUUUUGCAGAGGGUCCAUGAGCAGCCUUGAAUCAAGUCACAGCGGAUUUUCUCAGCUCAGUGCUGCUACAACCUCUUCCGGCCAGUCUCACUCCAGCUCCAUGAUUUCCAGGUAGUGCCACUGCCAGCCAAAAGCCAGUUGAUGAGAUGGCCGGACCCUCGUCUGUGGCAGCCAACUGCAAUACAGCUUAAUCAUCGGUGACAAUUGCAAAAACAAAAAAACAUGUGGAAGGCCUUUUUAUAGAUAGUAAAGUAGCUGUGUGUGCAUUUAAUUAUACUGGUUUUGUUUUGAAUUAGAGCUGAAAGCGUAUCCAGUCUUAAUGCGGUAACCAUAGUAUUUCCCCCCUUCCCCAAUCAUAAACAUGCUUGCACAAAUCCUAACCUGGACAUGCAAGGGCUGUUUUGCAAUGAAAGGCGUAAUCAGUGUGGUUGAGAAUUUAUUUUUUAAAAUACCAUCCUUUCAAGACAUUCUAUAGUGCAUUAGAAAUCUAACCUAAAGCUCCUGCCAGUGAGGUUCUCACAAAGCUCAAAAACACUUCCUCCUUUUGUUGCGCUGUGAGAGUCUUCCUCUGCUUCUGCCCAGCAUUUAGGUCUAGAGGAAGGCAGUAGCUAGAAUACUUAACAUUUCAUGAAGUGCCAGCGGGUGCCUGGCUGAACUGCUUACCUUUUUCUCUAGCUCUGUCAUAGGUGAGUGCUGCCUUCGGCGGAGGAAGCAGGAUUUCUGGUCUUCUCAGGCAGCCCUUUUGACAUUCAUACAUUUCACUUAAUCUCACUGCUAAGGGCUUAAUAACUCCAGCUUUGGGCAUUGAAGGGUUUUUCAGGUCUAUAAAGUUACACCUCUGAGCACUGAAGAGGACAGAGCAGACUUGUUUCAACAUCCUAAACUUCCGGAGCCCCAUCUGCCCCAACUUGCAUCUUUUCACCCUGAACCCACUGAAUGCUGGCCAGCUCUUCUGCUCUUCUGCCAAGAGCUGAUGAGUGGAAGGGGGUGGCUCCUCUUUUCUCAGAUUCUUAUCUGUCCUACAACUGCAAUGAAAAUCUCACAUGUCACUAAGAUGCCACCGCAUCCUGUCCAGAACACAAGUGUAGUCUGCUGUGGCUACAAUUAUUGCAGCUUCAAUUUUCCUAUAACCAGGGCUUUAAUUACUAUGCUAAGUGCUCUUUUAAGCACCCGUCCCCUGCUACUUCCUUAAUAUUUGAGAGACUUCAGCUUGAAACCUUGCAUGUAUUUUUUGGAAAGCUCAAAACAUUCAGCCAGUCUUAGAAGUUUGCUGUGUUGCAUCAGACCUUAGUAGCCAGCUAGUUAAAACAUUUCAAAGGCUGCAAAUUACUUGGAAAAGCGGGUAGCGGCUGAAGUUGUAUCCUCUUCAACCCACCCCAGAUCUGAAAUAUAUUUAAAAUAAAAGCCCCUUGUUUAUAAAUAGAACUAGGCCAGAGAAGGAGCUUGCAGAAUAUGAUGGUGCUGUGCUCUGUGGAAAUUGGUUUAGGAUCAGGGUGCCAAAUGCCUAUGUUCGUUUAAAGGCUGUAAAACACUGACUAAAACAGUUUUCCGAAGAAUUAGACAACUAACACUUGUGGUGUUUGAAGUAUUAGGUCAAGGUGACCCUUCGAGUAUUGGUCAAAUUGUAGGAAGGGUGGCAGAAUAUACAUUAGGUCACAAACUCACACAUGCUCUCUUGCUCUCUGUGAUAGCUGCUUAACUAAUAAGACACCCCCCCCCCCCCCAUGAUUUCAGAAGUGGUUUUAAUGCUUGAUAUGCAGUCAUGAACGUAGCUCCUGCCUGAAAGCAGCAUAGUGCCAUGUGCAGCCAGUUAGUGUUCCUGGUGCAAAAGGGCAUGUCCUCUUUUUUCCCCACUUGUAAGGGAUGGUCCCCUCUUUCUCUCUCUCUCUUUUUCUCUCAGAUGGCGAUUUUGCUGA